CACUUGUCAUUGUUGUCAAAUCCUUUUAUUAAUUAAUCUGUUGACAGAUUGAGGUAAAACAGUUUCUCGAGGGGAAAAAAAAAAAACAAUCAGGGACGACCUGAAGGACACUGACAGACAAAUGACCGGUCGCUUCGGAGUUAUUGGGUGCUUGGCGGUUAUAGCCGCCGUGGUAAUGGGUGCAGCAGCCGACACGUACACCGUUGGAGACGAUUUAGGGUGGACGGUUCCUCCCGGCGGCCCUAUUGCGUAUUCCGUUUGGGCCGACAAGGAAACUUUCGAGGUCGGAGACACCCUAGUAUUCAACUGGACCGGGACACACAACGUGGCCAGAGUAUCAACCAAGGCAGAAUUCGACAACUGCACCGCGAACAACGUCAUCGGCACGAUCCAGACCGCCAGCCCGGCUAACUUCACUCUCGAUACCAACGUCACCCACUACUUCAUCUGCACCAUCGAGUCCCAUUGCUAUCUGGGCCAGAAGGUGGAAAUCACCUUCGGCAACAGCGCUUCACCGCUCGCCGCCGGGGCCUUCUCGGUGGUUCUCUUCGCCCUGGCCGUCUCUCUCAUGAGUCACAUGUAAAUCAGCGUCCAUUAUAUCUAUAGCAGAUUUCUUGCCAGUGGUUUUAGGAUUCAGUUUAUACACCUUUAAUUUUGUGAUUUAUUCGAGUGUAAUAAAGUAAUCUGAUUGAUUACAGAUUGUGGGAUUUGUUUACUGUACUCUCUGCAUUGAUCAACGAAGCGUUCUUUUAAUA